CCAAGAUGCGUUUGUUGUUACAUUGCCAGUGCUGUCCAAUGUGCGGAUUUGAUAAAAAACACAAAAUUAAUUUACAUUGAAUCGUUGCGUUAUAAGAUUAGUGCGCAUUUCACAGCGUCCACACAACGGCCGUCAACAUUUGGUCACGUUUAAAGCGCCCCAUUCAGCGUACACUGCAAAGAGUGUCGUCGAUAGGCAGAGGCAGACACGGAGAAGGAGUCGGAGACAGAGGCAGAGACAGAGGAAACAUGCACAGCUGUACGCUCCUGCAGGAUGAGGGCAACUAUCAGCCGGACACACUGGAUCUCAACACAGAUGCCAAGGCGGCUGCCUAUUGGUUCCCCUGCUUUCGUGAACUGAUCAGUAAGUUUGCCAAGCAGGCGGCACGCAGUCAAGCGGACGACGACACCGCCGAGCAGCGGGCAGCGCAGUUCCAGGCAGCGUAUCUGCAGCAACUGGAUGACUAUCAGAACAACAUAUCCAGCAACAGCGGCAAGGUUGUGUUGGGCACCAGUGAGCUGCUCAAGCUAAAUGAGACGAUGCUGCGUCGCUUUGGCUUCACUGAUCCCUGGCUGAGCCAGAAGCAGCAGGAGAAUGCCUCGGCUAAGGGGCGGCUGAAGCAACGCCUGCAGGAGAUCGAUGCAAUUGCGGAUGAGGAUGCACGGUGGACGGAACUGGUGCGAGGUGUACUCGCCGGCAACAUGUUCGACUGGGGCGCCCAGGCCAUUGCCAGCAUCCUCGAGCAGGACAGCAACUUUGGACUGCAUGCGGCAUUGGAUCGCAUCGAGGGGCGGCCCUGGCUAAUGGAUAAUCUGGAUGCAUGGUUGCAGCGACUGCACCAGACGCCACACAAAUGUGCCGUCAUCUUUGUGGAUAACAGCGGUGUGGAUGUGGUGCUGGGCAUCCUGCCCUUUGUCCGGGAGCUGCUGAAGCGUGGCACCAAGGUGCUGCUCUGUGCCAACAGUGAACCCUCGCUCAACGACGUGACCAGCAGCGAGUUGAGCCUGCUGCUCGACGAUUGCGCCUGCCAGUGCAGCAUUUUGGAGAGCGCUUGGCGCUCCAACCGACUCCUCGUCUAUGCCAAUGGACAGAGUGGACCCUGCCUGGACAUGAGGACGUUGCCCCGUGAUCUGUGCGAUGCCAUAGCUGCCAAUGAGACUGAUCUGCUCGUCAUAGAGGGCAUGGGCAGGGCGCUGCACACCAAUCUGAAUGCCCACUUCAAGUGCGAGACCUUAAAGCUGGCGGUGAUCAAGAAUCGCUGGUUGGCCAAAUACCUUGGCGGCGAUAGGAUGUUCGCAGUCAUCUGCAAGUACGAGCACAGCUAGUGCAUCUCGUGGGAAGGAAGGAAGGGCGGUGGAUCGACCAUUGAUUGUUAUGCUUUCAAAUUGUUAUUGUUUUUUAAUCCAAAACUGAGAUUGAGAUUCAGAUUAAGAAUCCGAUUCUGGUUACUGUCUUCUAGCCAGGAUACGAAUUGUGGGUUGGUGUCCCUUUGUAUUUGUCUACUAAAUAAUGAGAUACAUACUUUUAACAGAACUGUAAUUAAAAAGCGUGCAUAGUUAUCUAAUUACUCCAGAGUAAUUCUAGCAAUUAUAAUUAUUAUUCAAUCCGAAUUCUUUGGCUCAAUUGUUAGCUCAGAAUUUGUUUACAAAUCUAUAAAUUCCUUACAAUUUCAGCUUAAGCGUUUUAUGUCAAUUAUUGCAAAUUGUACACACACACACACAUGCAUAGAUUUUAAUUAUUAAAAGUAUAAAUAACAAAGCCUCUUGUUUAUCAAAGCAGCUCACAUUAAACAUCACAUUUUUAUCGGUCACGGUUAUAAAUUAACUGCCUGAUAAGGGACACAACCACAACCACAACGGAUUAAAGCUCAAUGUCGAUAAGACAUUAAAC